CUGCAUAAAAGACAAUUUAUGAUAGGUGAUUUUGUCCUUGUCAUCAACGGAGAUUUGAAGAACUUGACGGGAUGGGUGGAGAAAGUUGAUGAGGAUAUUGUUCAUAUAAGACCAAAGAAUGAGGGCCUUCCGAAAACUCUCACACUGAACAAAAAGGAACUCUGUAAAUAUUUUGAACUUGGAAGUCAUGUUAAAGUUGUUGCUGGUGCUGAAGAGGGUGAAACUGGCAUGGUUGUUAAGGUGGAGCAGCAUGUCAUGGUCAUCAUAUCUGAUACCACAAAACAACAAAUCUGCGUGUUUGCUGAUCAUGUCAUGGAGAGUUCUGGAGUUAUCGCAGGAGGUUCCAGCUCCAAUGGUGAAAGAAAGAGUGAUGUCUACUCAAGAUUCUCCAUUCAUGGGACUCCACCAGCUGGUAUUUCACAACCCCUAAGGAGGUUUCGUGGAGGGCCUACCCGGAAAAUUGCAAUUUGUUGAGGACUGAAUCCCAUGUAUUUGAAAUUGCAAGUUAUGUUUAUAUUAGCUAAGGAAAUUGUAAUCAAAUUUUAACUUUGUCAAAGAUGAUAUUGUAGAUAUUAAGAUGCAUUGGAGCUACAGAUAAAACAUAUAUUCCUUCAAACUUUCCUACUAAAGAAAGUUCGACAUAUUGGUAGCCAUGGAUAUCCAACACAAAAUAUCAUGCUUGUGUACAACUUUGACAUAUUAUUC